GGCUGGCAUGAGUAAAGCAGUGAGCCAGCUGAUUUUACACUACAAUAAAAACACUCCAAUAUCGUAAAGCAUGCUAGUACGCACGUGUGCAGGCCUAGGUAAAAAAAAAAAAAAAAAGUGUGACGGUAUACAAGGAUGCAGUGUUAAGAUACAGGUAUUUUAGUACAUAAGUAUGUUUACAGUAAGGAAGUAAACAUGCCGAUGUGUGGUAUGCCCAUACAAUAAUGGAGGCGACUGUGAAAUAUGCAAAAAUGCAAGAAAGCUAGUAUGCUAGCAGUCUGGAAAUAUUGUAGUAUACAAGUAUGCUAGGAUAUUAGAUUUUCAGCCUCGAAUCUUACACCAUGACCAGCCAUCGCUGCACUGAAAAGUAUGCUAGUAUGCAAAUAGUGUGGGUUCUCUACAGAGAUAACAUUAAUCGCCAACAGAUUCUCUCCAGCAUCUCUCUGUGUUGACCUUGUGCUGUUAGCUCACACUGCCAGGCUCUUAAUGCUCCAGACGAUCAUCUGAUACUUGGUAGCAUCAAUCCCAAAUGCUCUAUGAUAUUAAAGUGCACUCUGUUUCAAACCAUGCCCAAGAAAUGAACAAAAUCAAUUUGGAAACCAUGUUGUCUUGCCAAGUCAAGCAGCCUAAUAUAACUAACCUUGGAUAACUUAGCUAGUCGGUCAACACCACACAGUAACCACAAAACACAGUUUAAAUGGUUCACAAACACCAAAUCGCACACCACAUGCCAAAAUAAUAUAUCAUUCUGGAUAUUACUGAUCUAGUUGAGUGGUUCUGAGUAGCUAACUUGCUACAUGACAGAAGGCUUUGUGAUGAUCCAUUUAAAGAUUAUUACUGGUUUGUACUGAGUUUGUACAGCUGGGGUUUUUUUUUUUUUUUUUUUUUUUUGGAGCUUCAUGCAGCACUUUACCCAGGACCAGAUGGAAUCAGUGGCAUCUGGAUCGUUCUGGAAGUCCUCGGGGCUUUCUGUUCGACUCUCUGACUCAUCGGGAAUCUUGGAGUCCAUAGGUUCAGACGAUUGUUGCAGCCAAAAAAAGUGUGCUAGAUUUGGUACGGUGUGUGUUUUGAUAGAUCCAUUAGCGAAGAUGGAAAUACAUCAAGAAGGAGAAGAGGAGAUGGAUCUACUGGGUGUUCCUUCGAGUGGUUGGUUUGGUUCUCUUAAGUACUGAGAGUGUGUACUUGCUAUAUUUACAAGGAACAUGGACAGUAAUCUGAUUUUAGGCAUGUGUGUGUAACCUGAGGGGAGCGGAGUGUAACUGACAGAUCUGCUGACUUCCCAAGCAUUUGCUUCACAGUCCAGAGCGCGCACACACACACGUUGGGAUAUGUUCCGACUUGAUCAGUGACCCUGUUCCACAUCCGGCAUCAGACACAUUCCUGGAAAGGCUGUCCAAGUGUCUGAAGAGUUGUGUGUAAUCAGACACACAGUAUCGCACACACAUCCGUUACCCUACAGGACCCUACAGAACCCUAAGAACAUAGCACCAUAGAAACUAUGGGACUUGGAAUUAUGAGAACAUAAAGUCCUAGGAAAAUAUGACCGUGGGAUCAGGGACGUUGGGAAAAUAGGGCCUUGGGAACAUAAAGCCCAGAGACUACUGCGCCUUUGGAACAAAAAACUGUUGGAGCAUAUGACCUUGAGAAUGUAGGACCCGGGAUACAUAGGAUGGUGCGAAUAUAGGGCAGUGGGAACAUAGGGUCCUGCUAACAUAGAGCCUUGGGAAUACAUGACUGUGGAACCCUGCGAUAUAGUACCAUAGGAACAUAGGGUCUUAGGUACAUAGAGCCUUGGAAACAAAGAGCUCUGGGAACAUACGGCCCUGGGAACAUAGGACAUUGGGAAUAUAGAGCCUUGGAAAGAUUGGACAUAGGGAAAAUACAGCCGUGGGAACAUAGGACAUUGGGAAAAUAGACCCUUGGAAACAUAGAGGCCUGAGAACACAGGACAUUGGGAACAUGGAGCCCUGGAAAGACAGAACCUUGGAAUCAUAGGACAUUGGAAACCCAGAACAAUGAAAACAUAGAUCAUUGGAAUUACAAAACCUUGGAAACAUAGGACAUUGGGAACUAGGAAUCUGGGACCAUACGGCUGUGGGAACACUGAGCUGCGUGAAAACAGCAUUGGCCUCGUUCACUUGAAUUGCAAUCCUGCCACUUAGUGGCCAUUGACUGUUUUGCUAAUCCAUUGAUCAUUGGAGGACAUUUGGCGUGAAUAUACGUCAAAAAUGAAUUCUUCAAUAAAUAAUAAAUUACUUAAUAAUUCGCUUAAUAAAUUGUAACGUGUAAUUAUCGUUAUAACACGACAAUUAUUUUUAAAGAACAUUGUCAUACAUGUAACUUUUAUUUUGGGAAAAGUGCAAGAGCCGGAAUUAAGGCUUUUACUUUUCUUUUUUUUUUAAUAGCCAGUUUCCGGUGUUUGAUGUGAGCCACUAUGGUGGCCUCCUUGUUCCAACCCGUCCUCGUAUUAUUUUCCCCCAAUUUGAGGAUUACUAGUUUUUUUUAAAGGGGUUCAUGUUCCGUGCAGCUGAUCUAAAGAACUUCGGUAAAGCGGGAAGCAGCUGGCACUUUGGCCGGACGAUGGAUGAGCUGGUCCAUGACCUGGUGUCGGCGCUGGAGGAGAGCUCGGAGCAGGCUCGCGGCGGCGGCUGCUGCAGCGCCAGUCUGGACUUUGCGCUGCCCGCUGGCCGCAUGCUCAAACGCAACGCUCGCAAACGCCGGGGCAGGAAGCGGCGCUCCGAGAACAGCACCCGUGCCGCACCGUGCCACGCCCCCUGCCACACGAGCCACGCCUCCGAUUCCAGCCCGGACGAACACAGAGACACGCGCCUGUCCUCCAGCUCCAACGCCAACGCCAUCAACAGCGACUCGGACGAGCAGUUAGGCGCCAAGCGCGGCAAGCGGCCUCCGUGGCACGACGACGCAGGAGUCGCCGACGCCAACCGGAGCCUCAGGAGGAGGCGCAAAGUCAAGCGCAUGGCCAUCGACCCGCCGCCGGAGUUCUCACCCAAAUCAGCAGGAGGAAGCAGGGACGAGGGGAAAGGGAACGACGUGGCCAAUAAAGGCAGAGUGAAGAAGAGGAAGCUGGCGCCGGCACACCGGCUGGCGCUGGAUGCUGCAGACGAGGGCGUGGUCGUGGAGAGCGAGGAGGCGGGGCUUUCCGGGAAAGAGAAAAUGGACUUUGAGGAGCACAAGUGCUCAGAUGAAGACAUGAGUGACAGGUGCGAAACUAGCAGUGUGAGUAACAGCAGUGAUGGAGGCCUGUUCACCAAUGAUGAAGGAAGACAAGGCGAUGACGAGCAAAGUGAUUGGUUCUGCGAGGGUGAGGCGGGCGGGGCUUGUGGCAUCGCCGGCGUGAUCCCGUGGUGGGACAGGGAAUCUAACGAGCUGGACCUUAACGACCCGGUGUUCAACAGCAUCCUUACAGGGGCCUUCCCGAUCAUGUCCCAGGGAGCACAGCGAGGGUUUCAGGCCAGGCUGGCUCGACAUGCUGCACGGCAGCAGGCUCAGGUGUGUGUACAUUUGUGUGUGUGUGCACAGCAAGAUUUGGCUUUACGCAAUUUUUCUUUAAUCUUUUUCUUUUUUUUUAACCCUCAGGUAGCCAGAUGUGCUGAGAGAAUUCCCAGAUUGUCCCAGGAUCCUCACACACAUGAGCCUUGGUUCAGUCCCGGAUCCAGACGUGAACAGUGUCACUGGGAUUCGAGAUCGGACCGAGGCCAUCGGAGAAGCUGUUCACUAAAGACUGCCAGCAGGCAGACGAGCGGCCAUCUUGGCUCAUUGUGUACCGGAGACGUUAAAAGGAGACGCAAAGCUGCACCUAUGGGAGCACCCUUAUCCUCAGGUGUGGUAGGAGAGGGAGUGCCUGCGAUCCCGGACUCGAACGUGGGGAACCGCAUGCUGCAGAACAUGGGCUGGUGCCCGGGAAUGGGCCUCGGGCCCGAGGGAAGGGGCGUGACAGAGCCGAUCCGGUGCACACAGAGGCCCAAGCGUGCAGGGCUCGGCUUUAACUGAGGUCUGUGCUCGGACAGGCCAGAAGACAGACUCGGAGCCGUCUGUUCUAAAGCCACCGCCUCCCAGCAGGGGGCAGCACCGAGGCCAGGAUGAACAGACGCACUAACUAACGGGACAGAACGGUGCAGGAGACCGUUUGUUCGUCGACGAGCAGCCGGAUGGAAAGCAUCGAUUUUGCACAAAAACACACAUCGUGUCAUAUCUGUAGCAAGCUAAAGGCCAGUGAUUUAUCCGUCAUCAUAUUUUUCACCUAAUGCCAUAUUCCUUUACAAUGUUUUCUCCCCCCCGCCCCCCCCAACUGUUUUGAAUUUUAUUUCUGAAAAAAAAUGAGUUUUUAUCCAGUGUUCUCCUAAUUCUCACCCGGGGAGGUAAACACGUGACACGUGAAGCCAGCUAACCUCAUCUCACAGGGUAGCGGCACACUCCAAGGAAAGCGCUAUUCGCCCUUUCUCACACACACACACACACACACACACACACACACACAUACAGUCGCAGGUGAUUGGUUAGUGUCACGCUGAACAUCAGGAGAGAGCGCAACGCCAUCCGUCCCACUCGUGGCCAUGAAUCCCUAAUCUCCUGACGAUAAGGCGAAUGUUCGUUUGUUUUUUUUUAAAACGAUAAGUCAGGGAACUAAUUUUUUUUUUUUUUAAGUAUUAGCACCCCUGUCUGACACGCUCCAUCUGGGUCGCCAGAUUUCCGACCCUCAAAUCCAACCACAAUAUGAAACGUAACCCGAUGGCAUGGUUUUUUUCCUUCUUUUAAUUCUAGUCAUUAAAAAUGGGGAAACGCCCCCAAUUCCAUUUUAGGAUCAUCCUUUUAAUGUGUUUUUUUUUUUUUUUUAGGAUUGGGAAUCUUGAAUGCGAUUUUGAUUCAUGAAUAUUAAACUAUUCUUGAUGGAUCUUGAUUGUCGAUUAAACUUUUUGUUAUUGUU